UCUUGUGCCCGCCUGAUGAAUGAACCUUGCCGCGAGGGAGGGGAGUCUAUCCGGUUCGCUCGGCUGCUCAGUCUCUCGGCGUGGCCAGCCAUGGAGAGCGUCUCCCUCCUCCUCCUCCUCUGCUUGGGGGGCGCCCUGGCUGCCCCGGAGCUGGUCAACGAAGAAGUGAAGAGGACCGUGGACCUCGGCACUCACCUGGCCAAAGUGACGGCCGAGCUGAGCCUGGCCAACCCCGCGGGGGGCUCCGGGUCCGCCGCCUCCUUCCUGCUGGCUCUGGACCCGGGCCUGGAGAGCCACCUGGCCUACCUGGGGGUGCAGGUGAAAGGUGAGGAAGAAGAAGAGAGUACUCUUGAGUUGAAGGAGACAAAGGUAAAAGGUAAAAGUGGCAAAUUCUUCACUGUAAAACUGCCAUCUCCUUUGGCUCCAGGUGGAAAGAUUCGCUUAUCUGUUGAAACGGUUUUUACACAUGUCCUGCAGCCAUACCCAACUCAUAUCACCCAAGCAGAGAAACAGUUUGUGGUUUUUGAGGGCAAUCAUUAUUUUUACUCUCCGUACCCAACCAAGACCCAAACUACUCGGAUUAAACUGGCCUCAAGGAACGUGGAAAGCUACACCAAACUAGGCAACCCUAGUCGGUCAGAGGACAUGAUUGAAUAUGGACCCUUCAGGGAUGUUCCACCAUACAGUGAGGAUAACCUUAAGGUGCACUAUGAAAACAAUAGUCCGUUCCUGACUAUCACUACCAUGACACGUGUCAUUGAAGUUUCUCACUGGGGCAAUAUUGCUGUAGAAGAGACGGUUGACUUGAAGCACACAGGAGCUGUGCUCAAAGGACCUUUCUCCAGAUAUGACUACCAAAGACAGCCGGACAGUGGAAUAUCCUCUGUGAAGUCUUUCAAGACUAUCCUUCCUGCUGCUGCUCAAGAUGUGUAUUACAGAGAUGAAAUUGGCAACAUAUCCACCAGUCAUCUCCUCAUUCUGGAUGACUCUGUGGAAAUGGAGAUCCGCCCUCGCUUCCCCCUGUUUGGUGGUUGGAAGACACAUUACAUCAUUGGUUAUAACCUGCCUAGCUAUGAAUACCUCUUUAAUCUUGGUGAUCAGUAUGCCCUGAAGAUGAGAUUUGUUGACCACGUGUUUGAUGAGCAAGUUACAGACUCACUAACUGUAAAGAUAAUCCUUCCAGAAGGUGCCAAGAAUAUCCAUGUGGAUAGUCCAUAUGACAUCAGUCGGGCACCUGAUGAACUUCACUACACCUAUUUGGACACCUUUGGCCGUCCAGUCAUAGUUGCGCACAAGAACAACCUAGUUGAGCAGCACAUCCAGGAUAUUGUGGUGCACUAUAAUUUUAACAAGAUCCUGAUGCUGCAAGAACCUCUCCUGGUAGUUGGAGCCUUCUACAUUCUGUUCUUUACAGUGAUCCUCUAUGUGAGGCUGGACUUCUCUAUCACUAAGGAUCCAGCAGCAGAAGCUAGGAUGAAAGUUGCCUGCAUCACAGAGCAAGUUCUCACCCUGGUGAAUAAGAGACUACGCCUGUACCGCCAUUUUGAUGAAGCUGUGAAUAAGUAUAAGCAGUCACGGGAUAUUUCAAACCUAAACAGUGGCAAAAAAUCACUGGAGACUGAACAUAAGGCCUUAACCAACGAAAUAGCUUCAUUGCAGUCCAAGCUGAAGACAGAAGGCUCUGACUUGUGUGACAAAGUUAGCGAAAUCCAGAAACUUGAUAGCCAAGUAAAGGAGCUGGUCCUGAAAUCUUCUGUGGAGGCUGAGCGACUGGUUGUUGGCAAGCUUAAGAAGGAUACAUACAUAGAGAAUGAGAAGAUGCAUUCUAACAAGCGUCAGGAGCUGAUCACCAAAAUCGACAACAUCCUUGAUGCGCUAUAAGUUAGAAGUAAAAAGUUUGGGAAAGAGCUAAAAGGGGUGGAAGAAGGUUCAAUGGGCAUACUGAGCCACACCAAGUGGGGUGGGGGGUGGGGGGUGGGGAGAGGUGUGUCUAGCCUACAAAACUGCAGCAAGGGAAAAGCUUUUGGAAGUCGCCUCCAAAAUGUGGUGUUAGUCACUUUUAGGACCUGUUUGCUCUGUGAUACACCUACUGUUCAGAAGAGGUUUUUAUACCAUGCCUUGGACUUAACUGAAACCAUUGUCCUCAGAGUGUUAGUAGCACGACUUCAAAGUCUGCUGAGCGGCCCCCUAAUUUUCAGUAGGGAAGCAUGCACACAGGUCCUGUACUGGCACUGAAUGUCUCAGUCAGAGAAUAAAUACAACUGUUUUAUUCAAAGGUUUGGUAGCAAAUCUUUCCUUCUGUCCUCCACCUUUGAAUUUAUACUUUUUUUAUAUUUUGGAGAUGGGGAUACGGAUAAGUAACUUGAACAAAGGAUUUUUUAAAAAACCAUUUUUCGCACUAAAUGAGAUUCUUGUCCCUGAACUUUCUGAGCCUCUUUCAAAGUUCAGUGUUGGGGUAGAGUCCAGGGAAAGAGAAGGGAGCGGGUGAGGUUCAUUUGCUUAGAAGCCUGUGCUUUUCCUCAGACGGUUUGUUUCUUUAAAAAAAAAUUGUAGGGAAGAUCAAACUGAAAUAAAGAUGUAUGGAUCUUCUGCCUCUA